AUGAGUGUACCUGUACAGACGACUGCUAUUGUCACCGCGGUUACUGUUAUCAACACAACAAUCACAUCUGACGGAAGUAUUAUCUCAAUUUCAACCGUUGGCCCAACAGUGAUCACCACAACUGGAACCGCUAUGGUCGAGACCACAUUGACAGCCUCCUCAACAAUAACUGGAACAGUGGCUACCACAUUGACGACAGAUAUCUCAGCAACAAAUCUACCAACCUCUAGUCCCACCUGUUUACUGAGUCUGGGUUGCUACGGGCAAGAUAUUUUCCAGCCAGUUGCUCUUGGGUCGCCAGCAAACAAUAUUCAACAUCAUAGUGGUCAUCCGGUCCCGCGCCUAGGCAUCAAUCUGGAUGGAGGACCUAUUGAGACGAAUAAAUUCUACCAGAACUUUGUUCUGGGCACUCAAAGUUCUCCUGGGUUCGUUACACCGUAUAGUCUCAGAUGGAGUCAAGGGAGUGGAAAUGCGCAAAGUUGGGGCAUGGCAAUUUCCCAUAUUGAUGACAAUCAAAAGGUCUUUGGAGCUCCAAAUCCCACCAUUUCAGGCUCACCGAAUUCCUUCUACGUUAAUCCCUUGGGAAUUGAGUCGAUCAUACUCUCAGCAGCUGAGUUCGGCGCUUCUACGGUUUUGACGUCCGAUUCCUUGCUGGCAUUGUCUGCCAACAUUCAUCUUCAACCAUCUGCAGGUUCGCCAUCCGUCCUCACAUUACCACUGGUCCAAGGGAUGGGAUUCGUCACAGGUCAAUAUGUCAAUCUGCAACCAGCAAUUCAAAGCAGUGUUUUCUUCAGAGCGGUUGCUGCUGCUGAUUCCCCUAAGCCUGGUGUAUUCAAGUACAGAAUAACACUUGAAGAUGGCAAGAUCUGGUUGGUGUACGCCGUUGCAACUAACGGAAUAUCCCCAAAUCUUCAGCUCGUCUCCAGCACCUUGCUUCAAGGUAUUCCAAAUUGGUACGGAGAUAUACAAGUUGCAAAAGUUCCUGAUGCAAGUUUUGAAUCAAUUUAUGAUAAUGCAGUUGGUGCUUAUCCCACCUCUGGAACCGUUGGGGGUAACGCACAUAAUUCCACGGCUCAGUACAGCUUAUCUUGGAACAAGGGUGGGGCCUACGUUUCGAGUACGAGCCUGCUCAUGUUCGCUUUACCUCAUCAUGUUCAAUCAUUUGAGUCUGAUACUUUGGGCAACCUGACAAACUUGGUGCUUGACUCGCUUACCAAAGGUCCAGCCACAGCGGUUGUUGCGGACUACUGGGUGCUCGAGGAAACCCUUCCAACCUCUCUGUCUUUUGUCCCUUGGAGACCAGAUGGCGACACCCAGGUCACGGCCACGCUUUCCCCAGCCGCAAUCUCAGCCAUUCAAAGUAUUGCUGCCGUUGAAGCUUCGCAAAACAUGUCUGCUCAGACAAAUCUAGACAGCAUGUAUUUCAGUGGAAAGGCGCUCAGCAAGUUUGCCACCCUGAUUUAUACCAUGAACGAGUUGUCGAAUCAACAAGAUCUUGCUAAGUCUGCCCUGCUGACGCUUGAAAACGCUUUCGCAGUCUUUGUCAACAAUCAGCAGGCAUCUCCUCUGUAUUACGAUACCGACUGGAAAGGCUUGGUCUCAUCUGCCAGCUAUAUCACAGGUGAUUCUGGGGUUGACUUUGGCAACUCAUACUAUAACGACCACCAUUUCCAUUAUGCCUAUUUCAUCCACGCAGCGGCUGUGAUCGGCCAUCUUGACCCCACUUGGUUAACUUCAAAUAAAGAUUGGGUCAAUGGCUUGGUCCGGGAUGUCUCCAAUCCAAGCUCUCUUGAUCAAUAUUUUCCUGUUUCCAGAUCUUUCGACUACUAUCAAGGGCACUCGUGGGCGAAGGGCUUGUUUGAGAGCGGAGACGGAAAGGAUGAAGAAUCGUCAUCGGAGGAUGCUAUGUUUGCAUAUGCAUUAAAACUGUGGGGAAAGACAAUUGGGGAUGCUUCAAUGGAAGCUCGCGGUAAUUUGAUGCUAUCUAUUCUAUCUCGCAGCUUGCACAACUAUUUCCUGAUGGACAGCGACAAUGCCAAUCAACCCGCGUCGUUCGUCAACAACAAGGCCACCGGUAUUCUCUUCGAAAACAAAGCAGACCACGCCACUUAUUUCGGCGCCGAUCUUUCUUAUGUUCAAGGGUGA